AUGAAGAAAUUAAUAAAAGAAGAAUGGGUCUUGAACAAAACGAUUGGUUCGUUUAUCAAAGAAGAAGUGAAAAUUCCGGAUUCGAGAGCCGAAAAAUUGGCGAAUCUUUUUGAUGAAGGUUGUGAAGUAGCUUACGUGGCAAGAUAUCGAAAAGAUGUUCAUAAUGGAAUGGAAUGCGAUGAUAUUCGAAAAGCAUUUGAGAUUUAUAAGGAAACCCGGGAUUUGAAUAAGAAAGUUGUUUCGGCUGUUAAUUCGGUGGUUCCGAAAAUUGAAAAUGUUUACGAAUCGCAAAAUGUGAAGGAUAUGUUGAAGGUAGGUUUUUAUACACAUACAUUUCGGAUUUUAUAAAUUCCUCCACAUUUUUUCAGGCUUGCUCGGAUAUUGGCGAAGUUUCGGAAAUCACAAAAAUGUACACAGGCGGUGGUAGAAAAAACAAAGUCGCUCUUGCAAAAGAAAAAGGAUAUGAGACAUAUGCACAAGAGAUUUUGUCGGGAAAAUUUGUCGAUUUGGAAAUAUUAAGCACUCGAAAAGCGGUGCCUCAGGAUGAGAUUGAGGAAAAUAUUGUGAUUAUUAUGGCAGAUCUUUUGAACAAAAUGGAAUCGACUGUGAAGGCGGUUAAUGAGAUGUAA